AUUUAUAGCAAUCACAGAGAGCCAAACAAGGAGCAAUCAGUGACCAAAGAAAACAAAGCGCUUGACUUUUCAAGCCUCCAGUGCCACGAAGGAAACGCUAGCUUUAAGCGGGUUGGUGAAGUUAUAAAGGAAAGAGUGAUUGAGACAUCAACAACAGCGUAACACAGCAGGAACAACCGAGCAGAAUCGCACACCAACCUAGGUCAAUAUCUUCGUUCGUCAUGAACGCAAGCAAUAGCAGUUUGAACACUUCAACAGAUGGCGGACCAGCUCCUGGACCCGCACCAUACCCAAUGAAUAGCCUUUCCCACAAGGUCAUAUCCUCAAUAGCAAUUCUGAUUCUAAUCAUCCUGACGCUAUUCGGCAAUGGUCUGGUCAUCGCCGCUUUCUACGCGUUCAAACGAAUCCGAAAGAGUGUCACAAACUGGUUUAUACUCAGCUUAGCCAUCAGUGAUAUGAUGGUGGCGUUUAUCACUGAACCAAUCUGGCUGGCUGGCGAGAUCACAACGUGGAUGUAUCCACCCGAGAUCAACGCCACAACGUUUUCCUUGGUCUGGACCAUGAUCGACAUCGUUUGCGCUAUUUCAUCCAUCUCUAAUCUGAUGUUUAUCUCCAUUGAUCGCUUUUUUGCUAUCAAACAUCCAUUGAUACAUCACACCAAGAUGACAACUGGCAAAUGCAAGUGGAUUAUCCUGCUCUCGUGGCUGCAUGCUGUGGGCACUUCGUGCCUCUUCCUGAUUGAAAAGCCGUGGAAGUACCUGGUGAUCUUCGUAUUUGCCUUUCUAAUCCCACUCGUGGUGAUAUUAUUUUGUUACGGCGGAAUCCUUCACGUGGUGGUGACAAGAUCACGCCUCACACACCGUCAUGGGCGACGCCUUGCCGCCGAAUACAAGACGGCUAAGAGUUUAGGUGUGGUGACUGGCGCCUUUGUCAUUUGCUGGCUUCCUUUCUUCCUGACUUCACUGGCGUAUCAGUAUUGUGAUUCUUGCCAGAGGGACAUCAUGAGCAUUCCAGCUAUAACCUCGGCUGUAAAAUGGCUGCACUAUCUAAACAGUUGUCUAAAUCCUAUAAUUUACGCCUUUCUCAAUCCUACAUUUAAACUGGCCUUUAGGAAUCUUAUCAGGAGAAUGUGCGGUAAAGGGUCUUUAAAUUCCCCAGACACUGAGGCGUCUUCGAUGUCUUUCACCUACCGGCGAAAAGACACUUACACAUCUGUAAGAGAAAACAGCUUUAAGAGUAAACCCGAAAAUAUACCAAACGGCAGUGCACCUUGUCAUAGGAGUCCUCUUUUGAAACAAGAGGAUUCGAAGAUUAAUGGAACCGUCGUGCACGACUCAAUUAGCGACGAUGGAAGCGUCGAGAGAGGUAUUGAAACGCCUGAAGAAAAAAACUGUAGCAGUGACCACUUCUGUCCUAUAACGCCUCCCCCAUCCUACGAAGACUGCUAUCAGUUACAAAACUCUAAUAACAUUGAUUCAUUACAAAGCGGUGACAGCGAGGUGCCAAAAAUAGAAACAGGUGAUUGUAACGAAGGCAUGCAAGGGGCAUACCCCCGUCAGUAUGAAAGGACUGUGUCAUUUUUGGACGAGGUCGAAAUAUGCGGUGAAAAGCCAUCGGUCGAGAUGAAAGACGAUCUCUCCACGUUAGAGGGACAUUUCUCCACCUAUCAUGAUGAGGAGAAGAAUCAAACUUUCUUACUCGUUGAUGGAGUGACAAUUCCUGAAGGCGAAAUUCGGACUUCUGACGUUUGAAACGAGAACAUGGCCAAAACCAUGCAUUCCCAUUGAUGUGUAGAAUGGUUCCCCAAGGAAUCCGAAAACGAGAUGUCACAUCGAUGUAACUACAGUUGUCCGUCUUUACGAUUCAUACGAAAUGAGUAUGAUACAGAGAUACUUUGAUACAGAGGCACAUACUCCAAAUAGCAAGAUAAUUCCCAAUGAAUGCGUUCUUUUAUCAGACGUACACCCGAUGAGCGCAAGUAAUGGCUCGAAACUUUUGUCGCAGGAGAUAUUCUGUAACUUGAACGCCAGGUACUCCAAUCAGUUUAAAGGAGCUACGUCACGGUGUGCGCAUCUUGAAAAGUUCAGCCAG